CUCAACCAAUGUAGUGAACACAGUCAAAGACCAAAAACGCUCAAAAUUCAAAACUGUAAGUAAAGACCAAGUCAUUUUCCUUCUCUCUCAUCUUUCAGUUCUUAAAGAGAGAUUGGGGCCUCUUUGAAAAAACUAGAUUGUUCCACAAGCAAAACCUUUCUCUGCAUUCUCAAACUUUCUUUGCUGGUUUUAUUCAUCUGGGUUUUGUAGCCAAUCAAUGUCUCCACAAACCCAGUAAGAGAGAGAUUGGGUCUCUUUGAAUAACCAGUUUGUUCCACAAACCAAACCUUACUCUGCAUUCUCAGACUCUCUCUGCUGGUUUUAUUCAUCUGGGUUUUGUAGCCAAUCAUUCAUUGUCUCUACAAACCCAGAAAGAGAAAAAGGUCUUGAGAGAUGAUGGGUUAUUAUCAGCUAGCUGGGUCGCCUUUUUGUCAAGACUCUCUCAAGGUUCUCGAGGCUGAUAUUGAGCAUGCCAAUAUGCUGGCAGCUUCAGUUCCGAUAGGCAAAGGAGGUGCAUGUCUUCAAAUAAAAUUGGUCUACAAUCCUUUGGCACCUAUAGUUUUGUUUUUGCUACAAUGGAUGGAUCGCUCAUGUACAUGCUUACUUCCAAGUUAUACGAACCUAUUCCACAUAGUUGUAUGCCAGGUGUGCCGUGAUGGUGAGACAAUGUUUACUUCACAUGGAAGGAAAGCAUCGAUUACAGAAUUCUAUGCUGUCAUACUACCAUCUCUUCAGCGUCUCCAUGAUAACGCAUCAAAGCUCGAGAUUUACCAAGAUGAAGGUCAAGGCUGGGAGAUGGUUGUCAGGAAGAAACUAAAUGACGAGCGAAAGCAUUCAAACUCUGACAUGGAGAGAGAUGAUGAAUGUGGGAUCUGCUUAGAGCCCUGCACCAAAAUGGUUCUGCCCAAAUGUUGUCAUGCAAUGUGCAUCAAUUGCUAUCGUGACUGGAGCAUGAAGUCAGAGUCGUGCCCAUUUUGCCGGGGUAGUUUGAAGAGAGUGAAAUCAGGGGACUUGUGGGUUCUCACAUGCAAUGAGGAUGUGGUUGAUCAAGAGACAGUGUCAAGGGAGGACAUGUUGCGGUUCUAUCUCUACAUAAACAGCCUGCCUAAAGAUAUUCCCGAUGCUGUUUCCUUACUCUAUUAUGAGGAUUUAAUCUGAUCUGAUUUAAAUGUGAAGAAUGUUGUACAGAAAGAGGAAAAUUGCCGACCAUCCUAUGUGAAGAGAGUCUGGUGAGGUUCUUGAAUUUUAGUCUCUUAUGGAUUGAACAGCCUGCUUGCAAUUAAUCUUUGUGCAGAAUAAUGUAACUUCUCGGUGUAAAGAACCAAUGGC